AUGUCUAUACUGACUACGUCUGUGUCGGCGGUGUUGAUACCAUUGUUAGGAAAACGUGAUCCCGCCUGGUUUUCCCUGUUACCGGCAAUGUUAUUUGUCAUUGUUGCCGUUACUCCCCUGUCGAUGCUGCUGUUGUUGCCACUGCUAGUGAUACAGCAGUUGUCCAUAAUGGGUGACGAUGGUGGCGACAAUCAUGAUGACUUUGACGGCAGUUGUUUGUGA